UGACAUAACCGGCUCCUAGAGAGUUCCACAUAGAACAGCGAAUAGAACAGAAGCUGUGUGAUGCGCAUAAAUUUGGAGAAAUCAAUUAUGAAUGUCAAAUGGGUGAAACUAUAAAUAAGAAACCGGCUACUUAGUGUACAGCAGCAGUUUUAACAGAAACUUCAAAGCGAAUACCUCGUAAGUGGAAUAUUUCGGUAGAUAAGGCUAAGCAGAAUGGAAAAUUUUAAUAUUUUGCCUUUGUUGGCAAUUGUUUUAAGCAUUUUGGCUUAUGGGCAAUGUGAAGAGCAGCAGAUCUAUCGCAUGUGUGUACCCCAAAAGUAUUAUGAGGACUGUUUGAAUUUGCUUAAGGAUCCUUCGGAGGCUGGCAUACGCAUGGAAUGCGUGGCCGGCAGGGAUCGCAUCGCUUGCCUGGAUAUGAUCAAUCAACACAAGGCUGAUGUCUUGGCCAGCGAACCUGAGGAUAUGUAUGUGGCCUAUCACACCAAGAACUCCGAUUAUAGAGUCAUAUCAGAAAUUCGCACCAAAGAAGACAAAGAUGCCCCCUUCCGCUAUGAGGGCAUUAUUUUGGUAAAGAAAAAUUCCAAAAUUCAAUCCCUCAAUGAUUUGCGUGGUUCCAAAUCUUGCCACACCGGUUUUGGCCGUAAUGUGGGCUAUAAAAUACCCAUUACCAAAUUGAAGAACACUCAUGUGCUGCAGGUCUCUUUGGAUCCUGAAUUGACGGCCACCGAACGUGAACUUAAAUCUCUGUCGGAAUUCUUUUCACAAUCCUGUUUGGUGGGCAACUAUUCGCCAUAUCCUGAAACGGAUCAUUUGUUAAAGAAAAAAUAUGCCAACCUGUGUGCCUUGUGUGAGAAACCCGAACAGUGCAAUUAUCCUGAUAACUUCUCUGGCUACGAUGGUGCCAUACGCUGUUUGGAUAAGGGCCAAGGCGAUGUGGCCUUUACCAAAGUUCACUUUGUCAAGAAAUAUUUCGGAUUAGUUGACAGCGUAACCGCCGAAGGUGAUCCUGCCGAAUUUGAAUACUUAUGCGAGGAUGGCAGUAGACGUCCCAUUACUGGUCCUGCUUGCUCUUGGGCUCAACGCCCCUGGACUGGUUAUAUUUCCAAUGCUGAUGCUGUCAAUGGUGAUGAAAAGCUGCACAAUUUGCAAAAUCGUUUGGAAAAAUUCUUCGAAAAUGGUCUACAUGCUGAAAACAAGGAAGCUGCCUCUCACCUGUUGAUAAACGAAAAUGCCGCAUACCACAGCAAAGCCGAGGCUAUUGAACCCAAAGAGUAUUUGGAAAAGGCGGGAUACAAGGAUGUGAUAGAACGUGAUGGCUCGGCUAUAAGGAAAAUGAAAAUGUGUGUCCAAACUGACACAGAGCUGGCCAAAUGUAAUGCCAUGCGCCGCGCUGCCUAUUCCCGUGAUAUACGCCCUGAAAUCGAAUGCUUGCAAGAUAGUGAUUGUAUUACGGCUGUCAAGCAGGGCAAGGCCGAUAUGUUGGCUUUGCGCGGUCAGUACUAUAAGGGAGCCAGAAAUGCCCAACUUAAGCCCAUAGUCUAUGAGAGCUAUUGUGAGAAUAAUGUCUUAGUGGCGGUGGUAGAACCCACACUGGAGAAGGCUGCCCUGGCCACAAAGGCUAUCUUCUUCAAUGAGAAAUGCGAAAGAUCCCAAAAAGCCAGCGCUUAUUUGAAUAAAUUACGUGGCAUUAGCACCUGCAACAUUGCCUCUGCCUCGGAAAAGGACAUCAUGAUUGUCAAUGCCAAGGAUUUGGAGCAAUACAAAAAUAAACAACUUCUUUGCCCCAAUUUGGAAAAGAAAGCCGUCACCGAAUGGAAGUCGUGUAAUUUGGAAGCCAAUCUACCCAUUGCUGUAUUCAUACGUGACUCCAUGAGCCAUGUCGAGCAGGAAACUUUGAAGCAUUUGUUCAUCUCAUUGUCGGAUAGUUUUGGCAAAACUUCAAGAUUGGCGGAUGUUUUCACUCUGUUUGGCACAUAUGCUGAAAAUGAAAAGAAUAUUCUAUUCCGUGAUAGUGCCUUGGAAUUUGUUACGGAAUUGAAAAAUCCCAAUACCAGUGAGGAGAUCUACAAUAGCUUGACUUGUGAAGUCAACGAGAGCAAGAGUUAGAGAUUUUAGGAGAGCGAUGAAACUAAAACCGGCUGUGUAAACUCUUUUUUUCGAAUUGAGACAGAUAUUCGAAUAAUAAUAAAUGAAAAUUAAAACAACAAAUAAAUGAUAAACAUAAAAUCCA